AUGCAACCUUAUCCACAACCACACGGUGCCGGUCAGCAACGCCCGGAAUUACAGCAACGCCAGUCCAUCGACGCCGUCGCCAAUACCACGCGCAGAAUGAAUGGCGAUCGCAACGGGAAUGGGUCUACAGGACCAUUGCCCGUAGGAGGCGGAAAUGGGCAGCGACCGUUCGGACCAGGAAUGGCACACCGCACGGCCGCGAGCCCGCCCAAGAAUAAGAACACGCAGCAUGUGCCCUGCAAGUUCUUUCUCCAGGGUCAGUGCCAGGCCGGCGGUAUGUGCCCAUUCUCUCACGACGUUGAGUCGUCCACACGACCGGCUCCGUGCAAGUACUUUGCGAAAGGCGGCUGCAAGUUUGGUCGAAAGUGCGCCCUCCUCCACAUCACACCCGACGGUACGGUCGUGAACAGGCACUAUCCAGGGCCUCCGCAGUAUCUUGCAGGAGCUCCACCCCAUCCUCCCCCCGGAGCUUAUGGCCAGCCACCUCCGCCAGGAUUGCUCUCUAUGCAGGCGCAAGGCUUGGAGCAGAGACCGAAUGGAGAUGGGCCUCCACACCACGACCUCGACAGCUACCAGUAUGGUCCGCGCAAUGGCUACGAUGCGCCCCAGAUUGACAUGACCUACACAUCUGCGUCACCCAAAUUCGGCUCACCUAACGUGAAUGAUCGCAUCGCUACUUCGCCACCGCAAAAGGGUCUGUCGGUUCUGGAUGCACCUCUGCCGAACUCCUUUGAUAGCAACGGAAUCUCUUGGGCUGCUAAACACGGUCCAUUUGCUGCAUCUGUGCCUUCCAAGUUCGACUUCGACUCGCCUCCGUCUUCGGUUCCACGCCAGCCACGCCUCGGCAACACUGCACUGCGAGAACUGCACUCCUCCGCAUUCGGCGAUCGUGGCAUGGGCCAUGUUCUUGCCAAUAUGGGCUCUUCACCACCCAGUGGCACGGACGAACCCCUGAAGUUCGAGAAGCGACCGCUGCACUCGGAUCGAUUGCGCGCGUCACGGACGCUGAUGUCCUCAAGUCUCGGCGCACGCUAUGUGCCCCCAUUCGAGUACUCAGAUGAAGACGAUGGUGGAGAUACUGAUCGUGAGGAGGAUCUUCUACCAUCCAGCUUGCACGACUUGAUUCCUGACAGCCGGUCGAGGAGGGAGUCGAGAUCACGAGCCUCCGAAUCCAUGGAGGGACCGGCGUCCUUUCUGGCUCAAUCCCGUCGAACAAUAUCUGGUCAUGGAACACCCUCCGAGAACAAGAUGUCAUCCUCACUAUCCUCAAGUCCCUCGCGCUACACCAACGUGUUCAGCGCACGCGGCCAGUUAUCAGGGUUAGGCCACGUUGGAUCACCACUCCGCGAUUCCUCCUUUCCAACAUCACAUCCUGCCUUUUCUACCAGUAACGGCGAGCUCAGCCCGAGUAUCAGUAGUCCGUCGCGCCAAGCUAGCAUGAGUAUGCUCACUCAAGGCUUACAACGCACCAAGAUCGAGACUGCACGAUCCACUCCAGGCUCGGGGCCAGGUUCUCAGCAGCCGGGGGCUCCUACGAGAACGCUCUCGAAUGGCUCCACUGGUAGGGCUAGCAUCGAUCGCAAUGUCAGCAGCAACAGCGUCAGUCAGCGAAUCGAAGAGGAGAAGGAAGAAAUCUUCGACAUGGACAUUGAGUCGCUGCCGAAACACACCAAUGGUGCAUCUUCGGGAUUCGGACCUAUUGGUGGUCAGAGGUUGAAGUGA